AUGUUCCGUGUCGGAAGAUUCACUUGCGCUUCUAUGCGCCAGGUGCGAUGGAAUUCCACUGCUACUACUCCACCUAUGAUGGCAACACUGAGGGCUGAUCUCAAGACCGCUAUGCGUGCCAAAGAUACUGCCCGGCUCAAUGUCCUUCGUGCCUUGAUUUCCGAGACCAACAAUGCUGCCAAAACCUCCCAACCAUUCACUACCGAUCUUCAACUUCUGUCCCUGAUACGGAAACGUUCCAAAGCCUCCCAAGAGGCUGCGGAGUUGUUUGCUAAAGAAGACCGCGCGGAUCUGAAAGCCAAGGAAGAUGAACAAGUCACCAUCCUGGAGGAGUACGCCAGUCAGAUCAAAACAAUGCCCAUUGAGGAGUUGGAAGCGAUCAUUGCCUUGCAUAUUGCUAAAAUUCAGGCCAAUGGAGACAAGCCGCGGUCCGGUCCUCUCAUCGGAGCUCUUUUUGUCAAAGGAGGACCAUUGGAUGGCAAGCCAGUAAACAAGGCCGAUGUGCCAGGUUUGGUGAACAAGCUUCUAGGAUCAAAUUGA